UUUUACAUUUUUGAUGUCGAGGAAAAGGUCAACUUCUUUUAUUUAUCUAAUUAUAUUCAAUAUGUUCCUCGCUCGAGCACUUAGUAAUAUUACCAAUCUGGAACCAAGCAGUGACCGUCGCCGAGUGCUCGUUGAAACAUUAAAAAAUCCGGAAAAACUUGCGAAGACAAUCCUGAGAAUAGAGUUCCUAACUGCCUGCAGAAAAGAGAAGAUCAAUCCCCGUUUCAUAGAAGAAGCUCUAAAGCCUGUAGAAAAGAUAUUUUGUGACUCUGAGAGGGUACAAACGAAAUGCAAGACCUUCGCCCAUUCGUUAUUAAACGAAGCUAUCGCCGAGGCGUACAGAAGAAAAGCAUAUCUUCUUAGACAGCGCAACCGUCAAUAUGCAGAGAUUCAAAGUUUUCACGAUGAUAGGCUUCUCUCAUACAUUUAUUCGACUUGCGAGGAAGUUUUUCAUGUUACUCUGCGUGACAAUAGACCAAGACUGAUUCAGAAGUUCCGCAAGCUACAGGCUGAUCGGCUUCGUCUGUCUACACAUGACAAUGCAGCUCAGUUCUCAAACACAAGGAGGGUUGUGAAUUUAUCUUCACUCGUGCUUAAAGAAGAUGAUCUACAGUUGCUUUCGAAAGGGCCCAAUUUUGCCAUUUCUCAAAAGAUAUCCCAGGACGUACUUCUAGAAGCUGAAAAGGGGAUCGAGCGUUUUGCCUAUGGCAAACGGUGGCAAGAUGCCAUUCGCAGACAGAAACCAUCUGCGUACAGUGCUGCGCCGACCACUUUAACGAACGACAACGAAUCCAGAACUUCGAGCACGACUACAACUACGAGACCGGCGAACACUACAGCGACUGAUGCGACCACGACCGUUGGUACAGCGCCUGCCUCCGGUCCGCAAGCCAGCACUGCGCCUCCGGCGGUGGCCACCUCCAUCGUCCCACCGGUCAACAACAGUGAGGCUAUCGCGGGGUCAUCAGCGACGGCCAACGACAACGGCGGCGCACUGGACGACCGUGUGGCACCUGCAACUUCAGCUGAUACCAGCAGCCGGGGAUCAGCACGUGCCAGGUUCGCGUCCUUUAUCGCUCCAAAGACCACCCGGACAGAAAAAUCGCAGAAUCCCUACUUAUAAAAGCAAACCGCCCGCACAUAAACUCAAAUCUUUCGUCGUGGCCAAUCAUGUAAGCGCCUGUAUCAUGUGUAUCUUGUGAGCGUGUAGCCUUUUCAACUCAAUCGAUUAAUAUGUGUAUGUGUAUAUUAUUUUGUUAUGUGUGUGAUGUACAUCGGCGUUAGUGUGCAUACCUUCCAUACGAUGUGUGUUUGACAGCUACGUGUACAAUUGUAUAUUAUGUAUGUUACGUACAUCGGACACUAUGUAGACAAUCGAUCUAAUAGUUUGCCCUUAUGAGUAGCGCCUUUCCUAAAAUAUCACGAUCUUCGGUUUUUGAAAAAUGGCAGACAGAUUAUUCACAGGAUCGUCUUUUAACAUUGUUAUCACGUUGGUUUGAUAAAGGCCAGUGGCCGAAAGCUCACCGUUUUUUAAAAUAUAUUAUUCGGC